AUGCGACCGGGGUUUGAAGAAUUGCUGCGAUCGGGUCUGCUAGGAGCUCGGAGUUUUGAUGGCCGACUGGGUUUGGAGCUGAAUGGGAUUUGCGGUCGGAUCCCUCUGCAAGGUUACGACCGGAUAAAAUGGGCAGCUUGGUAUGGAGCUGGGCAGCCAGUUGCUGCUAGCAGUUUGAAUGGAGCUGGAAAUCUCCGCCAAGAUUGGAGAAGUGCGCGGCCGAGAUGUUGA